CCCAGUUCUCUUAUCAUCUUCACCAUGGGCAACAACGCCGACGGUGCACAUGUCGAAUCCCUCUCUACCGACGUUAGGGACAUGCAGGGCGAAAAAGAGGUCCGCUACUCCGAUGAUCCGGGGUGGGCUACGGCCCAAAAGCGCUAUCUGCGAAAACUUGACUGUAUCAUUCUUCCGACGAUUUCAGCUUUGUAUUUCUUCGAGUAUCUUGAUCGCGGAAAUGUUGCUAAUGCAAAGCUUUAUGGGUACAGUCAAGGCCACAAUACAGUCCAUCAUGGUGUUGGUCCCGGUGAUGGAAAGCUGUCCUCAACCCAGUGGCAAUUAGUUGUCAUGAUAUUUUAUGUCGGUCUUGUACUAUUCCAAGUACCUGGGUGUAUCGGAUACCGGGUGUUUCCUCCUUCCAAGUGGAUUGCGUUUGGGGUCUGCGGAUGGGCAGUGACUAGCAUGCUGCAAUGUACAGCGUUCAACCUAGCGGGUGCGCUGGUCUGCAGAAUCUUCAUCGGAGUAUUCGAAGGCCUUUUCGGCACCGGUAUCGUAUACUACCUCUCGCUCUGGUACCACCGGACGGAGAUGGGUAUGCGCGUCUUCUGGUUCCUUGGACCUACAGCCGUCGCCGGUGCAUUUGGUGGGCUUAUCGCUUUCGGCAUUGGCCAUAUUGACGGUUCCGUCCCGAACUGGAAAUGGCUCUUCCUAAUUGAAGCCCUUCCUUGCUUCUGUCUCGGUCUAUUCUGCCUGUACUGGCUUCCCGAUCGCCCUACGGCCAACUCACGCUUCUCUGGCCGGGACCAGGAAAUUGCCGAGGCUCGCUACAAGAAUGAGUCCUUUGAUAAGGCAGGCAAAAUCCAGAAAAAGCAUGUCCUCUGGGUCUUCACCGACUGGAGGUUAUACGUGCAGGCGGCCGUGUAUCUCCCCACCGCCGCCUUGCUGUCGUCCAUUUCUGGCUUCUUGCCCACUAUUAUCAGCAACCUUGGUUACUCCAAGCCCGCCACCGCAAACCUAAUGACCGUCCCGCCGUACGCCGUAGCCUUCGCCCUCAUGCUCGCAACCUCCUACUCCUCCGACCGUUUCAAAGAACGUGGCAUUCACAUUACAAUUCUCAUGAUAGUAGCCACAAUAGCCUACGCCCUUCUGGCCACCCUCCCUGAGCACCAACUAAAGGGCAAGUACGCCUGUGUUUGCAUCGCUGUCGCCUGUGUCUACGCAACCUACCCGCCAUCCCACGCCUGGGCCGCCAACAAUUUCGGUAACGAAACCAAACGGGCCAUCGGCAUGGGCUUUUACACAGCGCUGGGAAACUUGGGCAGUAUUGCCGGCUCGUGGUUUUACCCCUCAAAUGAAGGCCCCGAGUUCCGGAAGGGACAUUUUAUCUGCAUGGGGCUUGCAAUUGCGACGGCUGUCAUUGCACUGGGAAACAGCUUGAUUUUGAGGGCGCUUAAUAACUAUCGAGACCGGAAGUUUGGGAAGCCAGAGCCUGGCGUUGCGGUUGACGUUACUGAGUUGGCGGAUAAUAGUCCUAUGUUUAGAUUCAUUACCUAG